AUGACUUCUUGUUCUCCCAUGUUGUUGUUGCUACUUCUCAUUUCACAUUCUUCAUCUCAAAUGCUACUAUUACCCCUAACACACUCACUUUCCAAAACACAACAAUUCAACACCACCCACCACCUCCUCAAAUCCAUCACCACUCGUUCUAUGUCACGCUUCCACCGCCACAGACACCACCAUCAACUCUCUCUCCCACUCUCUCCAGGUUCCGACUACACUCUCUCUUUCAACGUUGGUCCCUACUCUCAACCCAUCACUCUCUACAUGGACACCGGAAGCGACCUUGUUUGGUUCCCCUGCACCCCUUUUAACUGCAUACUCUGUGAACUCAAACCCAACCCUUCUUCUUCAUCUCCCCUCAACAACAUCUCCCACAGCGUUCCCGUUUCAUGCAGCUCUAAACAAUGCUCUGCAGCACACAGUUCCAUCUCUUCCUCCGAUCUCUGCGCAAUGGCUCGUUGCCCUUUAGAUUACAUUGAAACUAAAGACUGCGGCUCGUUUCACUGUCCACCGUUUUACUAUGCAUACGGAGACGGAAGCUUCAUUGCUCGUCUCUAUCGUGAUACACUUUCUCUUUCCUCACUGCAACUCAGGAACUUCACAUUCGGUUGUGCUCAUACCACGUUUGCAGAACCUACCGGCGUUGCUGGGUUUGGUCGCGGCUUGCUCUCUCUCCCAGCUCAGUUAGCUAAGCAUUCUCCUCAACUUGGAAACCGUUUCUCUUAUUGUUUGGUUUCUCAUUCAUUUCGUCGUGAACGAGUUCGAAAACCGAGUCCACUCAUACUGGGUCGUUACGAGGAUGAAAAACAGAGGAAUGGUGGUGAAGCUGUUGAGUUUGUUUAUACUUCAAUGCUUGAGAAUCCAAAGCAUCCUUAUUUUUACAGUGUUGGUUUGAAAGGAAUAUCCGUCGGGGAAAAGACUGUUCCCGCGCCGAAGAUUCUACGGAGGGUGAAUAAGAGAGGUGACGGCGGUGUAGUUGUAGAUUCCGGUACGACGUUUACGAUGUUACCGGCAGGGUUUUAUAACUCAGUGGCGGUGGAGUUCGACCGCCGUGUCAGGCGAGUUAACCCACGGGCCCGUGAGGUUGAGAUGAAAACUGCGCUUUCGCCGUGUUACCAUUUGAACGCGAUGGCGGAAGUGCCGGCGUUGAAACUGCGUUUUGUUGGGGUGAAUUCAAGUGUGGUGCUGCCUAGGAAGAAUUACUUUUAUGAGUUCUUGGACGGUGGAGAUAGGUCGAAGAAGGGGAGAGUAGGUUGCUUGAUGUUGAUGAACGGUGGAGAUGAAUUUGAGGUGAGUGGUGGGCCCGGAGCAAUCCUUGGGAAUUAUCAACAGCAGGGAUUUGAAGUUGAGUAUGAUCUUGAAAAGAAGCGCGUGGGUUUCGCUAGGAGGAAGUGCGCGUCGCUUUGGGAUAGACUCAAUCGCGACAAAAACUAG